UGUUUCUUAGCAGGCUUCCUUUGACUGGCCAUACAUUAUACAAUUUUCCUGAGAUUUUUGCUUUAGAUUUACCAAAAACCACAAAAUAUGAGGUCAAACCUAAACAACACUUUCAAUUUGGCUGGCCAUACACUAUGCAAUUUUCUGCCCAAUUUCCGUUAUAUUUACCUUCAACUAUGUAGUGCAAGGGCCUGUCUAAUUGGAUACAAUUGAAAGUGUUGUUUAGGUUUGACCUCAUAUUAUAUGGUUUUUGGUAAAUCUAAAGCAAAUUUUUCAAGAA